GAAAAGCUACUGAGCAGCAGAGAGAAGUAUGGAGAAAACAAAAAGCAUUACAAAGACUCAAUUUGACAUCACAAAAGAAAAGAAGAAUAAAUGAAAGAAGACGACAACUUUACGCAUUAAGAAAAGGGAAGUCAUCUAGUACCUCAAUUUCAUCCACAGUACAAACAGAAAACACAAGAGCUGAUACAUAUAAUACAAAUGGUGCCAAAAGAAAAGCUGUGUCGAGGUCAAUCAAAGUUCUUCCAAAAAAUCCAGAAAAAUUUGCAGAGGUUGUCUCUAACAUUAUUCAUAGAAGUACUCCUCGGAAAAAAGCAGCAUUGAGAAAAAGAGUUAUAAUGUCCCCAGCUUCAAAAAAAAAACUUUUUGACUUGGAAGAGACGUGUAAAAAUUUUAGCCAAACAUUGAAAAACCUGAAACAGAAAAGGAGCAAAAAAGACAACGCUUCGCGCCGACCUCUGCACGAGGCUAUUCUAGCAAAAAAUAAAUUUGGAGCCAAUAAAGCCCUUAGAAAUUAUUUUGGACUCAGUCAGACCUUGGGAAAAAAAUUAAAAGGGGGUGAAAACAUUACUGAUAUAGAAAGAAAAAAGAGGAAAGAUGCUUUACCUGAACGAGUCCACACCAACAUUCAAGGAUUUUAUCAAAACUCCUAUAUUUCAAGAGAAAUCCCAAACGUCAGUUCAGUGAAGAAAGACCUAACAGUAAAGAUGGCAUUAGAAGGAAGUUUGAAGCAUACUUAUGAUACUUAUUGUGCAGAAAAUCCAGAAGUGAAAGUAUCGUACAGCAAGUUUGUGGAACUUAGACCUAAAAAUGUGCUCACUAUGUCAAAAACAAAGUAUCUACAGUGCCUCUGUGAAUACUGCAUUAACAUUGAUUUCAAGCUUCAGAGUCUAAGACUUUUCUGUUCUAUGAAUGAACAAGAAAAAAUUGCUGAUGAUAGAUAUGCACUAUCUAGACUUACCCUUUGCCCAAAAGAAAACAACUACUACAAGAAGGAUUGUAUAGACAGAAAUUGUAACCUGUGUGGAGUUGGUAAAUUUGAUGAAGCUGUGUCAGAAAUGAGGAAUACGUUCUCGGCUUCACAAAUUACAUGGAAACGGUGGCAAUUAGGAACAAAAACAACAGAAGUAAAUGGAAGACAAACUGUAAAGAGAUUUAUGGAAUUGAAAAGAAUUACAGGAACAGUUCUCGAGUUUCUGGAUCAAUUGAGACAAGAACUUUCCCCAUUUUCAAAACAUUUGUUUAAUGCACAAUGGCAGUCUAAGGAAUUUGAAAAUUUGAAAGGAAAUAUUCCAAGGAACUGGGUCAUGGUAUGUCUGGACUUUGCUGAAAACUACUGUUGCAGACACCAAGAUGAAGCCCAGAGUGCCCACUGGACAUAUGAACAGGUCACCAUCCAUCCAGUUGUGGCUUACUACAAGUGCACAGAGGAGAACUGCAAUGAAAAUGUCAGGGAAUCUGUUGUUUUCAUCUCAGAAGACCAUAAGCAUGACUAUCAUCUUGUACAACACUUCAUAGCAAAAACCAAUGAGUACUUAAUUCAAGGUGUGGGGCUUAAUAUUGAAAAGGAAAUCCAGUUUUCAGAUGGUGCACCUACACAGUACAAGUCAAAGUAUAAUUUUGUAGACAUGAGCAUGUGUCACGAAGAUUUUGGUUUUAGUGUGGAGAAGCACUUUUUUGGUUCUCGCCAUGGUAAAGGACCAUGUGAUGGUGAAGCAGGGGUGAUUAAAAGGAGUGCUAGUCUGGCUGUUACAACAAGGGGAACCAUUAUUUCAAAUGCUGAGGACUUUUUCAACUAUUCCAAGAAUAAACUUACCAUAGACGGUCACUCUCAUUCAAAGAGAACAUUCUUUUUUGUCAAGACAGGAGAUGUAAACAGAGACAGAGAGCAGAUAACAAACAGAGUCAAAACAGUGAAGCAGUGCCGGAGUCUAUUUUCUUUCCGAGGAAUACAGCAAUACAUUGUAACUGCCAGGGAACGAAGCUGUUUCUGUGAUGCUUGCAUUGGAGUCACUGAAGAUUCUGAGUGCCAGUUUGCAUCUUUGACAGGAGAUUGGAAAGUAUACAAUUUGAAAAUCAGGAAUCAAAGGCAAAGAAACAGAGAUGCCCAGGAGGAUGGUCAGGAUGAGGAGAAUGGAGCAGACAAUGGUGGAUUGGAUGAAUUGGGUCAAAUCCAGGGCCAGGAUGAGGAGAAUGGAGCAGAAAAUGGUGGAUUGGAUGAAUUGGGUCAAAUCCAGGGUCAGGAUGAGGAGAAUGGAGCAGAAAAUGGUGGAAAUGAAUCUGGUCAAAAUGAACAUGAUUCAAGGAUGAUGGAUGAACACUCAGCAUCAGUAUUUAGAUUAAAGAAGUCUCUGAGGAACUUCAUCUUAACUUUAUGGUUAAAGACAAAGUAUCAGGACUUUACUUUUGGCCAACCAGAACUGAUGAAAGUUGGGAGCCUUUUCGCUCAGUUAAAAAGAUUCUAG